AAUCACUCUCACUUCCGUUUCUCUCUCUCUACAACUAUCCCAGAAAACUGAGCCUUUUCUUUCUAGGAAGAUAAAAAAACCAGAAAGGCCUCAACUUUAAUAAGUUACUAACUGCGUGGCUCUUCUUUUAGAGAUCUACUUGUGGACAGCUCCAGAUAGAGAUUGCAGAGAGAGAAGUACAAGUAGAGAUAGAAAGAAACUCACACUUAUAGGAAGAGAAAGGAUAGCACUUCAGAGGAGACGCAAAAAUUCAAAUUAUUGUUGGAAGGUUUACAUGAAUCUGACUAGCUGCUAGUCAUUGUCAGGAGAUGAAUAGCCACGUUAAUAGCCCAUCAGUGUCACUCCAGUGUAGCAUGCUAGCUGAUUUUGCAAGUGUCAGAUUGGUAUCUGAUGAUCACAGCUAAUAUUGGAAUUUCUGCUAGCAUCACCAUUCGACUAACCUUUCCUUGAAGAGAUUCUACUGGGUGUGGUCUGGCUAAGUGCAUUUGAUAGAGCUUUGCUUACCGAAUCAUCUUUGCUGUUGUUUGACUUGCCCUGUUCUUUCUGUGUGAAGUGCUUCAGAGGAAGCUGUUCUGACUUUAGUUUUACUCAUGCAAGCAUUUUCAGUCAAAGUUGUUAGUGUUUCUCUUGAAUAAUUAGUGAAAAUAGGUAUAAUUAUUAGGAGAUGCUUCUUUAAGCGGCUAUAUUGGCAUUCUCUGGGAGGUUCUUCUGUUGCUUGGAAGUGUUAUUAAAUAUCAUACCGUAGGUGGUGGUUCAGUUUUGUUUGAAACACUGAUCAGUAAAAUGGACACUGAAUUUGCAAAUGCUAACCAUCCACUGCAUUUUCUUCAUCGACUGCUUCCUGCUGUUGGACCUGGACUUCUGAUUGCAAUUGGAUAUGUUGAUCCUGGAAAGUGGGCAGCAACUGUUGAAGGAGGUGCUCGUUUUGGGUUUGAUCUGGUACUACCGAUGCUCCUUUUCAAUUUUGUUGCCAUUUUAUGCCAGUAUCUCGCUGCUCGAAUUGGUGUGAUCACUAGAAAAGAUCUUGCCCAGAUCUGCAAUGAUGAGUAUGACAAGUGGACAUGCAUGUUUCUAGGAGUUCAGGCAGCGCUUUCCGUGAUUGCAUUGGACCUCACUAUGAUUCUUGGCAUUGCACAUGGUCUUAAUCUUCUCUUCGGGAUGGACUUAUCCACUUGUGUUUUUUUAGCUGCUGCUGAUGCCAUUUUAUUUCCAGUUUUUGCUACCCUCAUGGAGAGAUGCAAGGCAAGUUUCCUGUGCACAUGCAUUGCAGGCUUCAUAUUACUUUUGUAUUUCUUUGGGGUUCUCCUCAGCCAACCAGAAAUCCCUCUUUCCAUAAACGGGACGCGAACAAAAUUUAGUGAGGAGAGUGUGUUUGCCCUGAUGAGUCUACUUGGAGCAAGUAUCAUGCCUCACAAUUUUUUCCUCCAUUCUUCUAUUGUGCUGCAACAUCAGGGACCACCAAAUAUUUCCAGGGAUGCCUUGUGUCUUAACCAUUUUUUUGCCAUUUUAUGCAUCUUCAGUGGCAUCUAUCUGGUAAAUUAUGUUCUUAUGAACUCUGCUGCAAAUGUGUUCUACAGCAGUGGCCUUGUUUUACUUACUUUUCCUGAUGCAAUGUCACUUAUGGAACAGGUGUUCAGGAGUCCAGUAGCACCCUUUGGCUUUUCACUCAUCUUGUUUUUUGCGAAUCAAAUCACAGCAUUUUCCUGGAAUCUUGGUGGGCAAGUAGUUUUACACAAUUUUCUCAGAUUGAAUAUUCCUAAUUGGCUUCAACGUGCGACAUUCAGAAUUAUUGCAGUUGUUCCAGCCCUUUAUUGUGUGUGGACUUCAGGAGUUGAAGGAAUAUACCAGUUGCUUAUACUUACACAGGUUAUGGUUGCUUUACUUCUUCCAUCUUCUGUGAUCCCUCUUUUCCGUGUUGCUUCAUCAAGACAAGUGAUGGGUGUCUACAAAAUUUCUCCAUUCUUGGAGUUCGCAGCGCUGAUUUCAUUCAUGGGGAUGCUUGCCAUAAAGAUUACUUUUGUGGUGGAAAUGAUAUUUGGGGAUAGUGAUUGGGUUGGUAAUUUGAGAUGGAGUACAGUAAGUGGUUCGUCUACCUCUUACAUUUUUCUUCUCAUUACUGCCUGUUCAUCAUUUUGUUUGAUGCUCUGGCUAGCAGCUACCCCAUUGAAAUCUGCUACUCGCUCAGAUGCUCAGGUAUGCAACCGGGAUGUACAAAAUGCUGUAUCCGAGCCAUCCACGCUGAUAGAGGAAGAAUUUUUGACUGAAAAUAGAUGUACUGGAGAGGAACUUAUCGAGAGGCAGGAACAAUUACCAGAACCAGGGAAAUCUUUUGAGAGUUACUCAGAUAUAACUGUUGCAAAUGCUGAUCCUGAUUUGCCUGAGACAAUUAUGGAGUCUGAUCAGGAACUUCAUUUGACCACUAUCAAAGAAAAACAUUCUGAAGUCACAUUUUCUAGUCCCCAAACAUUUUAUGAGGAAACAUCACCUGCAACAGAGUCAGCAUCUCCGUCAGCUGCUGUCAACUUGGUUCCUGAUGCCGAAUUGCUUGUUGCCAAGAAGGCUAAUAUUGAAUCAAUGGACCCAGUUGAAAAAACUCUGGAUAUAGAGGGAGAGUUGCAUACUGAAAAGGAGGAUGAUGAAGGGGAUAACUGGGAGCCUGAAGAUUCAUCCAAAGGGGUUCCUGGAAGCACUUUGUCUUUGACAUCUGAUGGUCCUGGAUCAUUUAGGAGUCUUAGUGGUAAAAGUGAUGCAGGUGGGAAUGGUGCUGGAAGUCUUUCAAGACUAGCAGGGUUGGGGCGUGCUGCAAGACGUCAAUUAGCUGCAGUUCUUGAUGAGUUUUGGGGACAAGUGUAUGACUUCCAUGGGCAAAUUACUCAAGAAGCAAAGACCAAGAAACUGGAUGCCUUGGGGGUUGAUUUGAAACUUUCUUCUUCGCAGCUGAAAGUGGACACCGCUGGGAAGGAAUCUAGUGGAUAUUUCUCAUCGGUAGGUGGCAGAGCAUCUGAUUCAUUGAUCAAUUCAAGUUUAUGUGACUCCCCCAAGCAAUUGCGAUUGCAAAGCAAUAUUGACUCAUCUUAUGGAGUUCAGAGGGGACCAUCCUCAUUGUGGUCCAACCACAUGCAGUUGCUGGAUGCAUAUGUACAAGGUCCCAGCCAGAGUAUUGCUGACUUAAGUGAGAGACGUUAUUCUGGUGUACGCACGCCACCAUCUUCUGAUGGCUGGGAUAAUCAGCCAGCUACAGUUCAUGGUUAUCAGAUAGCAUCUAUUGUCAAUCGAAUUGCCAAGGACAGGGGUUUCAGUAGCUUAAAUGGUCAAAUGGAGUCACCAGCACCAAUAUCCCCAUCCUUGGGACCUAGAAAUUACAGGGACCCACUCACUGUCUCUAUGGGGAAAAAAAUGCAAAAUGGACUAAGCUCUUCACAAGCGUUAGGAUUUCAGAAUCUUGCAGUAACUAGAAAUAGCCCAUUACAGUCUGGAAGACCUUAUCAUGAUGUAUACUCUGGAUCUGCUGAUGAUACUGGAACGUCAGCUAAUACAAAGAAGUAUCAUAGCUUGCCUGACAUUUCAGGGCUUGCUGGUUCCUAUAGGGACCCAUAUUUGUCUGAAAAGAAUGCUCAGUGGGACAAGUCUGCAGGAUUUGGUUCCUCUGUUAGUAGAUCUGGUUAUGAACAGUCUUAUUAUUCAAACACUGGAUCAGGAGCAGGAGGUUCUUUGUCUUUUAAUGGACUAUCAAAAGGGCAUGGGGAUGCUUUCCCGCUUCACAUGACUCCAGACCCUGGAUCCCUCUGGUCCAAGCAACCAUUUGAACAGUUUGGUGUUGCUGACAAAACUCGUGCUGUUGGGAGUGGAUUGGGAAAUUGGUCUAAUUCAAUUAAUCGCGAAGUAACUUCUCCUGUGGAUUCAGAGGCCCAACUUCUUCGGUCUUUCAGGCAUUGUAUUGUGAAGCUUUUGAAAUUGGAAGGAUCUGACUGGCUGUUUAGGCAAAACGAUGGAGCCGAUGAGGAUCUAAUUGAUUGUGUGGCUGCAAGGGAGAGGUAUUUGUAUGAAGCUGAAACAAGAGAAAUGAACCAUGUAGAUCACAUGGGUGGAUCUACAUAUUUAUAUUCUGAUGGGAAAUCUGGUUCCGCUUUGAGAAAUGAUGAUGCCAGUAUUACCAACAUUAUGGUUUCCUCAGUUCCUCAUUGUGGGGAGGGCUGUGUUUGGAGAUUGGAUUUGAUAAUAAGCUUUGGGGUCUGGAGUAUUCACCGGAUUCUUGAUUUGUCACUAAUGGAAAGCCGUCCAGAGUUGUGGGGGAAAUACACUUAUGUGUUGAAUCGUCUUCAGGGCAUCAUAGAAUUGGCAUUUUCAAAGCCCCGCACUCCCAUGUCCCCAUGCUUCUGCCUUCAAAUCCCUGCAUCUCACCAGCAUAGGUCAAGUCCACCUGCUUCGAAUGGGAUGUUGCCCCCUGCUUCGAAACCAGGCAGGGGGAAAUGCACAACUGCAGCAACGCUUCUGGACUUGAUUAAGGAUGUGGAGAUUGCCAUAUCUUGCCGAAAGGGUCGAUCAGGAACUGCUGCUGGUGAUGUUGCUUUCCCAAAGGGAAAAGAGAAUCUGGCUUCUGUGCUUAAGCGCUACAAGCGCCGGUUAUCAAACAAACCAAUCGGUAGUAAAUGAACAGUGAGUCGAGCAAGGUUCUGACAUCAGCUCCUCAGAGCUCGUUGCUUUUGUUCAUCAGUUUGCCUGAGCUGGAUGGUAUCGAGCUGUAUAAUUUUGAAAUGCAGCUUGCUAAUCCAGGAAUGCAGACAGCUCAGUUGUUGGGUCUCUCUCUCUCUUGUAUUAAAAGGGUCCAUGCUGCAAAAUUUAAUUUUCCUUGUAUGUUAUGUAUACGUAGGGAUAAAGAUAAGUGGAGAUGUAAUUGCAGCGUAAUUAAAGAAAAAUGGGUAGGAUGGAGGAUAGUAGAGUAAUCGCAGUUCUUGUUUUGUAACAAAGAAUCACCUUGUGUUAAAUGUCUCAAGUACUGUAUAGCAAGAUUACUCUUCUCAUCA